AUGAGCCUUGGGGACAUGAUGCUUUACCCCGGCAUGUACCAGGCUGCAAAUCCUCAGGAGCAAAUACACAAACAAAAUUUUGCUCCAUUUAAUGCCUUGUUGCCUCGAUUUAGGACAUACUCAAAGGGCAAUUAUUAUCCUGGCCCUGGCACAUACAACCUGGAGGUGAAACCACCCCCCAAAAUCACCUGGCCAAUGAAAUUUGGAUCUCCAGACUGGGCUCAGGUUCCAUGUCUACAGAAAAGAACCCUAAAAGCUGAGUUGUCCACCGACAAGGACUUCAGAAAGCACCGGAACCGUGUGGCCUACCUAAGCCUGUUUUACAGUUGAGGAGCUGUGACUACCUUCACAUGCUCCUCCUGACCAUGGAUCCAGGACUGAGGACAGAGCUGCUCUUCCCCCCUGCACUGCCCUGCUCUCUUGUCUGCCAGCAUGGGGCCCAGGGAGGGAAGGGGCUCAUAACUACUAUGUGAGAACAGAAAGACUACAUCAGACUAUUCUGUGUCCA